AUGGUAUUGACACAGCAGGAAAGACCAACCGCCUCGAACGAUCAAUUCCCCACCACUCAGCUAUUUCUUCUAGCAAUAUGUCGUGUUGCGGAGCCAAUCGCCUUGACUUCGAUCUUCCCAUACUCCUGGGUGAUGGUCAAGGACUUCCGCGUGGCUGACAGCGACAAUGCUUCCUUUUACGCCGGUAUCCUCAUCUCCGCCUUUUCGCUUGCCGAAGCACUCACCGGUAUGUUCUGGGGAAGCCUAUCCGAUCGCAUCGGCCGCAAGCCUGUGCUGCUUUCUGGAUGCUUUGGCACUAUACUUUCCCUUCUCAUCGUGGGGCUCGCCCCCAACUUUUGGAUCGCUCUAUUCGGCCGGGCCCUAGGAGGUAUCCUGAACGGAAAUAUCGGGGUCAUUCAAACUAUGGUCGGUGAAUUGGUCAAGCGACCCGAACACGAACCUCGGGCCUACGCCGUGAUGCCAUUUGUCUGGUCAAUCGGGACAAUCAUGGGACCAGCCAUUGGAGGCUUGCUAGCAAGACCCGCUGAAGGUUUUCCCUCGUUCUUCUCUCCCGACGGCCUGUUUGGAAUUUAUCCUUACUUGCUACCAAAUGUCGUUUGUUCUAUAUUACUACUUUGCAGCAUGCUGUUUAGCUGGCUCUUUUUACAAGAGACACACCCCGACAUGCAAUCGGCUGAUUGUGAACGGGAUAUGAAUGACGUGACUGCCGAACGGCCUCUUCUGGUAUCUGCCGGUGCCACGGCGAAUGCCGGUGCCGACCUACGAGUUGAAUCUUACGGGACUUUUAAUCAAGUCCGACUUCAUCAGGAUGAGAAUUUGAUGGUGUAUGCGGAUGGCUCGAAGUCGGAAGGAGCCCCCACAAAGCAACCUAUCUUCACAUGGCGAGUCACCAUGCUCAUUAUUGCGUUGGCUAUCUUCACUUAUCAUUCAAUGACGUUUGAUCAUCUGCUGCCCAUCUUUCUUCAGGAUAAAAAUGUCACCGAAAUCUCCACACUGGGCACCUCAUCUCUCAGCUUUCCGGGCGGAAUUGGCCUAUCCACUUCAACUGUCGGUCUAAUCAUGUCUACGGAUGGCAUCAUCGCGCUCUUUAUCCAGAGCGUGAUUUUCCCGGCCCUGGCUCGCUAUCUGGGAGUGUGGAAACUUUUCGUGGUGGUGACCGUUUUGCAUCCCUUGACUUAUUUCAUUGUCCCAUUCCUGAUAUUCCUUCCCCACAAGGUCUUAUUCGUCGGGAUCUACACGUGCUUGGCCCUUCGCAACGUCCUUUCCAUAAUUGACUACCCCGUCUUGCUGAUCCUUAUCAAGCAAGCUAGUCCUUCGGAUUCAGUCCUGGGGAAGAUAAAUGGCCUUUCUGCAUCUGCCGGCGCCGCCUCGCGCACUAUUGCCCCUCCUGUGGCUGGGUACCUGUACAGCACCGGUUCUAGAGUCGGAUGUACUGCACUGGCGUGGUGGGGGAGCACUUUCGUUGCCCUCAUUGGCGCCGUGCAGCUAUGGUUCAUCCAACCAAAAAAACAUACCUCUGCGACUGUACGACCGGCUGGAAGCUGUCACUAUGUUCCCGACGAGGCUCAGCCGCGGAAGGAGAACGUUCAUAUCAUCGUGGCAGAAGCCGAUCCCAGCCCGCGUGACGCAUGA